CACAAUGGGUGGUAAAGCCUACUGGUUUGCAGGAGAGACAACCGCCAUACGGUUUGGCACUCAUCAUCAAUCGGUCUAUCACGAGGGACCGAAUCAUAAUCGAACAAAACGUCCCCUUCACCCAGAGAUUCUCUGGUCUUCUCCCAACUGCCCGUCGGUCGUCCGUUCCUUCCUCGCUCGCGUGACAUGUUCAUCGACAAUCCAUCCGUCGUAAAACAUGCCCGUUCAUCACACUAGUCCCCCUUUCACCCUGCGUGCCGGAGCGAACGGACGAGCGCGAUUCUUGCACACCGCCCGCAUGCAAAUCACACGGAGGCGAGAUCAACAGGGAUGGAGAGGAUUGGUCGAGAUCGCACCGUCGUCGAAAACCAAAAAAACCACCAUGGCUGGCGAGCGGGAAACGCAGCGGGUCGGUAGGCGGGCCAAAAAGGCCUCGAGGUGGAAACUAAUCGCAACGAGCGCGACGACGCGCGCUGCCGUCCCGUCGUCGUCGGCGGCGGCCGACCAGCCAGCCAGCCAUGCACAUUAUUAUUAUCAUUCUUUCUCACCCCUCCAGCGCACGCUAUUCCUGCAUACCAGGAGCCAGGAGGGACUCCGUCUCCUGCGGACCCACGGAUCACUUCGGGGCGGGAGGUCUUCGCCGUGCAGAUGCCCCUUGCAUUACGGCCAACACAUUCGGGGGCGUGGUUUGUUGAUCUGUUGUCCUGCGACCGCGACGCGCGCGCGUGCGAUUGUGUGUGUGCGCGCGCGGUGUUGUUCCGCGCGAGGUUGGAGGGAUGGGGUUCUCCUGGACGCGAAUGGUCUAUUAUUGAGAGAGGGAAGGAGAGAGAGAGAGGCGCCUGUCGUGCGGAAUUGUCGUGAAGUGAUGUGAUCGUCGUUUCAUGAAUUCAGGAGAUUGGGCAUUGUCGCGUUGUUUCCUACUGCACGUGGCUGGCACUGUAGGUACAUAGCAGUUGUCGCCAUUGGUCUCAAAUCGUUACAAUGCUGCUACAGCGCCUCAUGAUGAACAUGUUUCUUUUUUUUCCGCGCCAAUGGUACAUCAUGACCCGGAGCUCGUGAUCUCGUCUAUACUUUGCGCUGGAAACCUCAAG